AUGAAUCCAAAACGCGUUGAUGUUGUGUGGGAAAACACAUUCUCAACAGGCUCGGUUGCUGGUGCGAAACGAUCACGGUCCGAAAACGACGCUCCGCCAGCGUUUACUACCGCCCAUCAAGUUCUGAAUGCACAGUCUAGAGUACAGCAAAAUAACACUACGCAGUACUCCCAUGAUUCCAGACGUAUACGGCCGAGUAGGAUAGAUUUGCUUUCUAACUCAAACAAUCUUGCUUCCUCUAACUCUCAGAAUCUAUCGGAGCACUCCCAGAGAACCUCUAUAUCUAGUACCCCAGGCCCAGCCCAGAAUCCUGUCCUUGCACUUAGUCACCCGAAAUACGGCUUACCGACUGCCUUGGUAAAAAACUUUGCCUCUCUUGGUGUCAAUGCCAUCUAUCCGUGGCAAGCAUCAUGCCUCCUGGGACGUGGACAUCUCUCAGGAGAAAAGAACCUGGUCUAUAGUGCUCCAACCGGGGGCGGUAAGUCGUUGGUUGCAGAUGUAUUAAUGCUGAAACGCAUCCUUAACUGCCCAGACAAGAAAGCUAUCCUUGUCCUUCCCUAUGUUGCGCUUGUCCAGGAAAAGCUGAAAUGGCUUCGGCGUGUGGUUGAAGGGAUCCCUAGAUGCACACUCGAUGAUGAUAUUGCCAACUCAACCGAUGACAGUUCUCGGUCUUCUCGUUUCAAGGCUGAGGUAAACUCCAUUCGAGUUACAGGGUUUUUCGGCGGGAGUAAAGCCAGGACUACCUGGUCAGACACGGAUAUCGCUGUGUGUACCAUUGAGAAGGCUAACUCCCUGGUCAACACAGCAAUUGAAGAAUGCACAAUCGAUAAACUAGGUGUAAUCGUCCUAGAUGAACUGCAUAUGCUCGAUGAUGAACAUCGUGGUUAUCUGAUAGAAAUCAUGGUAACGAAGCUCCUCUUGCUUCAACAAGAUAUUCAGAUAAUUGGUAUGAGUGCAACAUUGUCGAAUACAGAGGUGCUCGCAAAAUGGCUGAAUGCAAACUAUUAUAUCUCUCGAUACCGGCCGAUACCCGUUGAAGAAUUCUUGGUGUUUGAGGAUUAUAUAUAUCCAGUACCUACCACCAAGGGCCUUUUGAGGAAAAUGAUCAAGCCUAAUAUAUCUAAUUCAAAAGAUGUCCCAGCUUCGGCUUGCAGAGUUAUCCGUAAGUCGGAAUUUAGAGAGCUAGCAUUUCCGAUUCCAAAUGCUAUGGUUGCCCUUGCAUGUGAAACCGCCGCAGCAGGAUAUGGUGCACUUGUGUUUUGUGGAAGCCGACAGGCAUGCCAGACAAAUGCUGUGCUUAUUGCGGAUGCAAUGCCAGAUACUCUGGAUGCCGAAAUUAUUGAGAAGCGGUUGGAUUUAGUGGCAAGUUUGCAAAGCCUCCCUUGUGGACUUGACACAUAUUUUGCCAGAACUAUACCCAGAGGUGUUGCUUUUCACCACGCUGGCUUGACGACCGAAGAACGCGUCCUAAUUGCGGAAGGAUUUGACGCUGGCAUUCUAAAAGUACUCGUAGCUACUUGUAGCUUAGCUGCAGGGAUAAAUCUCCCCGCGAGAAGAGUUAUUCUCUGUGGUGCAAGGAUGGGACGAGAUCUGGUUGGGCCUGCAAUGCUAGCUCUGCUUGAAGCUAUCGCCACCAAGUUGGUCUCUGGACGCGAUGCCAUUUAUGACUAUAUCAGAAGUAGUCUACUGUUCCACGAUGGCGAGGGGCAGGACACCCUUCUCGAAAUGGUACAGUCAACCCUUCAGGAGCUUCUAGAUUCGGAGCUCGUAAAGUCAUCCAGCGAUGAAACCUUUGAACCAACACAGCUCGGCCUAGCAAUUGUUGCAUCCGCAUUCAGUCCCGACGAUGGGCUUUUCAUCUACGGCGAACUAAAGCGUGCUCUACAAGCUUUCGUGAUGGACGGAGAAAUGCAUAUAUUCUAUAUGUUCGCCCCCCUUCAAACCUCUUCCGAGAUUGACUGGAUGACUUUCCGUGAUGAGGUCCAUGGCCUGGAUGAUAGUGGACUACGUACAAUACGGCUUGUAGGUGUUGAUCCAGGGUUGGUUAACUCUAUUGCCAUGGGCCAUGCUUCUAUCAAAGACCCAGCCUUGCUCAGAGUCUAUAAUCGCGUCUACACAGCCUUCCAGCUUCGUGACCUAAGCAAUGAAAUCCCAGUCUCGUCAAUUGCCAAAAAAUAUAACACUGCUCGUGGUGCUGUACAGAUGCUUGCUCAAAAUUGCCACGGUUUUGCGGCUGGAAUGGCCAAGUUUUGUCAACGGAUGGGGUGGGAUAUGCUUGCAGUUGUGUUGGAUCAUAUGCGUGAUCGUCUUCAGGCAGGUGCUAGGGCGGAUCUAUUGGAAAUGGCACAGGUAACCUAUGUCAAGAGCCGGACAGCAAGGCUGCUAUGGGAGAAUGGGUUUAAGUCCUUGAGAUCACUUGCUGAGGCCGCACCUAGUGAGCUAGUACCAGUGUUGAUGAUGGGCCAACCUCGGAAUAGUUCAUAUUCAAACAAUGCUAAAGACAUGAAAAGGGUUACAGCAAAACUUACAGCAAAGGCAGAGGUAAUCAUUGCAUCAGCAAGCAGACUAUGGGAGCAUCAAUCAGUCGUAGAACUAGACGAAUAA